AUGCAAGAAUCGAUGGACCCGACUGAAGCUAUAGCAGGAAGCCAACACCCAUCACACGACCGGGAUAGUGAUCUGGCUGAGAUUCAUGGCUGCAAGGCUGGCGCCGCUUGCUCUUUUAGCCAUGAAGCUGCGGCCAAUGCACCCAAAAGCGGAAAUGAACCAAUUCGGCCUCACAAGCAAGGCUCUCCGUCCAGCCUGACGCCGGUUCCGAUCCAUCACAGAUCAAACGGGUCUCGCGAGACGAGUCAAGUUAUCGGGACCGGAAGGUCAGAUGAACAACCUAAUUCGAGUGAUAGUCGAGUUGCACCACCAACAGAGAAGAGAGUCUUCCAGCCUAUCCCAGAGACCCAGAGGGCUGAUCCACGGCAAUUUCAGCUCAACCAGCUGCGACGGAGGUUCUCUCCAGAGGAGAAAGAGGUCCAUGAGGCAACGGCCUUGACAUUCAGGCUGGUGCCUACAGAUCCUGACUUUCCAUUCGAAAUGAUGGCUUUGCAAUGUACACUGCUUGUUCCUCAUUCUUAUCCUACAAGAGGACGGCCGUCAUUACGCGUUACCAAUCCUGAGAUGGACAGGGGCUACCAGAUCAACGUAGAGCGUGGCUUUGACUCUCUUGUGACGACAAUGUCUAAGAGUACGUUACUCGCCUUGAUGAAUGAACUUGACAAACGUCUUGAAGGCUUUCUUGUGUCUGAAAAGGCUCAGACCAUCAAACUUGUGACCAAUACAGGUAAGGGACCCUCCAACAUAGCAUUAAGGUCAACAGCCCCCCCGGCACAACCUGCGGCGAUCUCUUCCGAGAAAGAACCUUCGUCAAUAUCAUCACCCCCUCAGCAUUCCUCGCAGAAGAUAUCCGAAGCGGCAGUGAAGCGGGAAUCCGAUAUCCGACAGCUCGAAGCCAGAAUGGGAAGGCAACCUCACUUCUCCAAGUCUCCAGGCGGUCUUUCUUUCUUUGUGCCUCUCCAGAUCUCCCAGUUAAGCAAGCUACCAGUUUCCCUUCAACCUCUCAAAAGCGUGAGACUUUUCGUUCCUCUCUUAUACAAUUUAGAACCCUGUUCGAUAUCACUGGUGGAUGUUUCGUCAAAAGAGGCGGAUACUGUUCAAGCAGCAUUCCGAAGUCAUGCCACAGCCCAUCCCGAGAUGACCCUAAUGGCUCAUGUCAAUCACUUAGCUCAAAAUCUACACACGAUGGCAAUAGAGGCGCCAGCAGCAGCCACCACUCCACGUUCGCCGCCCCUGGCGCCAUCGCCAAGUACUGAGCCGCCGGUGCGAACGUCCAAAGAUGUCGGCAUAGAUCAAGAGGAAGAUCGACCGCAUAUUCACAUCAUACCCCGUCCACCAGAAUGGGACAGGCCUCGAGAUGACAUUGACCAAAACUCAUCUGGUACAGAUGGGUCCGAAUUUGAAUCUUCUGAGUAUGGAACUGAUGACGACGGUGGCGCCGCUGUUCCCGCAGAAGCACGAGUAGGUACCGAUAUUGGCCCGGAUCUUGGAAUUCUCCUGUCGUUCCCAUCCCUUGCGCUUUAUGGUGCAGAGUUGCUUCAACUAUUUUCGAUUUCCCUAACCCUUAAAUGUGAUCGAUGCAAGGAAAUGAAGGAUGUGAAGAGUGUCAAGUCAUACACCCCAGCCGAUACGUCACUGAUCAAGCAUGAAAGUUGUAACAAGUGUGCGGCUCAACUUAGCAUAGGCUAUCGGUCAGAGCUCAUGCACCCUACUAGUGUCCGAGCCGGUCAUCUGGACCUUGAUGGCUGCAGCAUUGUUGACCUUCUCCCUAGCAACUUCAUUCCGACGUGUUCUCAAUGUUCCACACCCUACCCUGCGCCUGGUGUAGUGUCUUUCAGAGGCGAGUCCACUAUGGUCAUGUGUCGAGAAUGUCACCAAAAAAUGAGCUUCAAGAUUCCUGAUGUCAAAUUUCUACGUGUGUCAGCUGCCGGCGUUGGCAAGAACCGGCCUCUCCCCAGGAAACGGCCCAAGGAGAACUUAGGCAUUGUCUCUGGCCAGGAGCUACCCCGGCGUGGACGUUGCCAGCACUACGCGAAGAGUUACCGCUGGUUCCGAUUUUCAUGCUGUUCCAAAGUUUACCCUUGCGACCGGUGUCACGAUGCCACCGAGGAGCAUCCCAAUGAACAUGCCAACAGGAUGAUAUGUGGGUUUUGCUCGAGAGAGCAGAUCUAUCGGCCAGAGGAUUGCAUUCAUUGUCAUAGCUCCGUCAUCCGGAAACAUGGAGGUGGAUUUUGGGAAGGCGGGAAAGGGACACGGGACAAAGUUAGGAUGAAUAGGAAGGAUCCCAGGAAGUACAAAAGGCGACCAGGAGGGACUGUAGGUGGAGGCGGGAAGGACAAGACGAAGAAAUGA